AUGGCUUUAACCCCUACCUCCAUCUCCUGCUGCUCGCACAAUACUCCUUACCGGCCGCAAGGUUUGGAUCAGGAGAGCAAAUUCAACGAAUUUCUGGUAUGGGCUCGCUUGACCGUGACGAGCGAAGUCUCCUCCGAUUGCGAUACUCCAUCACCCGUACCAGAAUACGCAGUACAGUUGGUAAAGCAAGUGAACUACGGCCCAUUGAAGAGCAGAAGAUACUUCAUUCCACGCCGAGACCUCUCUAGUGUAGAGCUCAUCGAAGUGAGUGAGCAGUGGCUCAUUGAGAAGAACUUCGAGAAGUUGAACUCGGGCACCCUGCACAACAAGUUCUUCGAGCUUAACCUGUAUCGGAAGGAUCCUAUCAAUACUCACCACUGGAGGGCUAAUGUGGCAAGGCCGUCAAAUGAGAUUGAUCUGUAG